AUGUACACCUAUAAAGAAAUGUACGAAGUAAUGUUAGAAUCUGAGAAUCAUAACGACAGUAAAUUGCAAUGGUUGUUCAUCGACGAAUCUAAAAUUUCCAAAGGCAAGGAACUUGAAAACUGGUCAAAUAAUAGAAAUAUACUAUGUAAGAUUGGUAUGACAACAAAUAAGGUUCCAAUCCGAUUAAACGCUUGGGAACGUUCGUGCAAACACGAAGUGAUCAAUCUGACUCCAGAAAAUAUCCAAACACUAUUAGCCAAGCAAACGAAACUAAUGCUACAAGCAAAACCAAAACCAACUGUCAAAAACUCAACUUGGCCGAUAUCAAUGAAACAAAUGAUAUCCUUAUUUACAAAGAUGAAACUAAAGGAUUCGAAACCUCAACAACAGAUGCGAAUACAGUCACCAAGUCCACCAAUCCCUCCAAACCUUAUUACAUACAAAGAUGGAGGAUUCUUCCACGACAGCAAGAAGGGAACCAAGACACUUCGAGAAGUAGAAGCUAAUAUUCACAACAUCCUAUGGGCUAAAUACGGUAAAGCAUUAACGAACUGUUUUGGAUGUGAUCCCAACGGUAAUAAACAUCAUACAGAAUGGUUCUGUGUUCCAAUAUCAGAACUGCCCAACGUUCUAAAAACGAUAGACUCGAUCUGUCACCGUUCUUAA